UCAGUAAAAGGAAUUUGUUGUCAGCCCGCCGAAUAGAAAAUUGCAAUUGGCGGGGAAAAAAAUGUUUGCAGAGUUGUCUCAGAGCUGCUACGAUCUCGCCGGAAAACAAUGGACGGACAAUCGAUCGUCUCCGAGCGAUGAAAUUAAAAGCAAGAUCAUAGCAAAACAUUUCCCUAAAAUCAUCGACGAAGCCGCCGCCGGCGAGUCCAAGUUUCGCCUUAUCUCCGAUCUCUUUAACUUCUUCUCCACUCCACCUGGCCAGCACAUGCUCGCUCAGGUCAAAAAUGAUGACGUGUCCUUUUUGGCAAUUGACUUCCAACACUUCCAGAAAGUGUGCGGAGUAGAGGACUUCUAUAAAACUUUAGAAGAAAAGCCCAAAGAAGCUCUAUUAUGCAUCAGUGCUGCUGUUGCAAUGCACAAGGUUCAACUUUUCAAAGGUGAUGACAGUUGUAUCGAUGACUUCACAAAGAUAAAUAUCCGUCUGCACAACCAUCCUAAAUCUAUGAUUGCUUUGAAGAACCUCAAAGCGGCUUAUAUUGACAGGCUUGUUUCUGUGCGUGGUACUGUUGUAAAAGUUAGCACCGUCAGGCCUCUGGUAAUGCAUAUGAACUUUUCCUGUACCAAGUGUGGAACUAACAUUAGCUGUAACUUUCCGGACGGAAAAUUUUCGCCUCCAUCCAUUUGUGUUGUUGCUGGUUGUAAAAGCAGAACUUUCAGUCCAAUUAGGUCUACGGCCAUACCAAUAGAUUUUCAGAAAAUACGACUUCAGGAGUUGCUCAGAUCUGAACAUCAUGAAGAAGGUAGGGUGCCUCGAACAGUAGAUUGUGAGCUUACUGAAGAUCUUGUAGAUGCUUGCAUUCCUGGGGAUAUCGUAACUAUUACCGGUAUUAUAAGAGUGAUCAAUAACUACAUGGAUAUUGGUGGAGGGAAAUCAAAAGGCAAAAGCCAAGGAUUAUAUUAUUUGUAUCUCGAAGCUGUUUCAAUUAAGAAUUCCAAAUCUCUGUCCAUGCCCAAUAAUUUGCAAGAUUCCAAUGAUGAUGUUAGAGCUACGGAGCUGUUUGAUAUAUUCUCAUUUUCUCCACGUGAUCUAGAAUUUGUUGUAAAGUUCUCUCAAGAGCACGGUUCAGAUGUUUUUUGUCAGAUACUUCACUCUAUAUGUCCUUCCAUCUACGGGCAUGAGCUUGUUAAAGCUGGAAUUACAUUAUCACUUUUUGGAGGUGUACGCAAGCACUCUAUGAAUCAGAACAAGGUGCCUGUCAGAGGAGACAUCCAUGUCAUAGUUGUCGGUGAUCCUGGACUAGGAAAGAGUCAAUUACUGCAAGCAGCAGCAACAGUUUCUCCACGUGGUAUUUAUGUAUGUGGUAAUGCCACAACCAAGGCCGGUCUCACAGUUGCAGUGGUGAAAGACUCUAUGACUGGUGACUUUGCUUUUGAGGCUGGCGCCAUGGUACUUGCUGACCGUGGAUUAUGCUGUAUCGAUGAGUUUGAUAAAAUGUCUGCAGAACACCAGGCCCUAUUGGAAGCUAUGGAGCAGCAGUGCGUGUCUGUUGCCAAGGCUGGACUUGUAGCCAGUUUAUCUGCUCGAACAACUGUAUUAGCAGCAGCGAAUCCUGUUGGUGGUCACUACAACCGGGCGAAAACUGUGAAUGAAAAUUUGAAAAUGAAUGGUGCUCUGCUGUCACGCUUUGAUCUCGUUUUCAUAUUACUCGACAAACCAGAUGAACUACUGGAUAAGCGAGUGUCAGAUCACAUUAUGUCCCUUCAUGCUGGAUAUGCACAGCAGUCGCCAGCUGCCAAAAAGCAACGUGCAGCAUCGAUCAAUACUAUAAAUUUAGAUUUGCAUGAAAGAAGUGGCUCCUUAAUAUCAAGGAUGAGACUUGACCCAAAGGAAGACAGCGAUUUUGUUCCACUGCCUGGUCCGCUUCUGCGUAAAUAUGUUGCAUAUGCGAAAACCUAUGUCAUCCCUAGGAUGUCAAAACCAGCAGCAGAGAUCCUCCAGAAGUUCUACCUGAAUCUGAGAAACCAUAACACAUCGACUGACGGUACACCAAUUACAGCAAGGCAAUUAGAGAGCCUAGUUAGAUUAGCAGAAGCUCGUGCUAGAGUGGACUUGAGGGAAGAAAUAACCGCCCAAGAUGCUCUGGAUGUUGUUGAAAUAAUGAAACAAUCCUUGCAUGAUAAGUAUGUUGAUGAGCAUGGAGUUGUUGACUUCACUCGGGGUGGGGGGAUGAGCCAACAUAAAGAAGCAAAGCGCUUUUUGAGUUCCCUGAAUACACAAUCAGAGUCGCAGCAAAAAGAUUGCUUUUCCAUCUCUGAAAUGUACAGUUUGGCAGAUCGGAUUGGCUUGAAAGUUCCAGAUAUGGACAGUUUUAUUGAUAAUCUAAACAGUGUUGGAUAUCUUUUGAAAAAAGGACCAAAGACAUAUCAGGUAGUAUCAUCGUCUUAUUCACGGAGCCAAGCAUCAAAGUGAAGAGAAUAUAGUCUAUCUUCAGUACACAAGAAUGAAGAACUCAUGGAAAUUCCGUUCAUUGAUGUAAAACUACAAAUCUGCAGCAAGCAAGAAGAUGAUUGGUAAAACUGCAUCUAUAUAUUGUGUCUAUACAUUUCUAACUGACUCUAUUGCGAGCCACGUGUAUGAAACAGAUUUUGUAAUGCCAGGUGACAAAUAGCAAGAUGGUGUUGGUGUGAGCAUGUAGGAGUUAGAUGUAGCAGCUGUAUUUAGUAAGCUUGUACUAAUACUCUCUUAAAGCACGAGCCUUAUCUUAAUUUUUAUCAUGGAAAGUGAAGGUAGUUUAACAUUAUGGAAAGUAAAAGGUACUGUAUAAAUUUGUUUGUGGGGUUUAUGGAGAUUGCUUAUAUAAUUUUGUGCGUUUUCUGUU